AUGCGCAGGCGCCUCUUCGAGCAGCAGAUCCGCGAUUUGCUCGCCGCGAACCCGCCCGGCAAGCUAGACGAGAGCGGCGCCCCCUUCUGGGGCGGCACGCGGCUCCUCCCCUCGCCGGCUGCCUUCGACGCGGCCGAGCCGACCCACAUCGACUUUAAGGACGACGACGCGAACGGGCACGUCGCGUUUGUGACGGCGGCCUCCAACUUGCGCGCCGUCUGCUACGGGCUCGAGCCGGCAGACGAGCACAAGACGAAGCUCCCCGAGCCGCCGGAGACGUUUCGGCUACCCGCCUCGGCCGACGGCGCUCGCGGCGAGGCGUGGAGCGAGUGGUCGCGCGUGGAGGUGGAUGGCGGGGGCGGCGAGCUCCGCCUCUCGCAGCUCGUGGCGCGGCUCGAGGAGAGGUUCGGCCACGAGGUCUCCUUCCUCUCGACGAGCGGCGGCAUGCUGCUCUACUCGCCCCUCUCGCCGCCCGCGAGCCAGCAGAGGUGGCUCUCCAUGGGCGUGGGCGCCGCGGUGGACGAGGCGCUCGGCGGCGGACGCGGCGGCGAGCGGCUCGUGCAGCUGCAGGCGAGCCUCUACGACGAGGAGAGCGAAGAGGACGUCGAGGCGCCGCCCAUCUUGUACCGCCGGCGCGACUGA